AUGGAGCGAAGUGAGGAUCGGCAGCUCCACGGCGCAAUGCUUGCGCGAGCAAGUGAUGUACGAGAGCUUCGGGAACUCCAACAGACUUUGCGAAGCUCGAGCAAAACGCCCUCAGCGCCCUGCGAGGGCGUGGUCGAGCUGCUGGUGGACUAUGGAGUUCGAGGAGGCUGUGCCCGCGAGUAUGCAGCGCUCUGUGGCCAGGGCGGCAUGUUGGAGUGGAGCCUCUGGAUGGACGGGGCCCUCCGACUGCGGGAACAGUACUCCUUGCAAUUUCUGCAAGACUUGUUCCUUGAAUUAGACUAUGAUGAAGAAGGCCAGCUCACCAAAGCGCAGGUCGACAGCCUCUUGAAGAGUGGGGCAGUCGAGUGUGAGAGUGACGAAGCAGAUGAGAUCUUGCAGUCCAUCGAUUUCGAUGAGGAUGGCUACAUCCCAGUAGGAACGAUGAGAGAGCUCCUGCUGAAGGAUGGCCGUGUCGCACGGAGGACGGAGGUUUUCGACCGGAAGAUCUGUGCCUGCGGCAGGAGAGAUGCCAUGGGCAAAACACGACCCGGUCGGUGUUAUGUGGGUGUGCUUUUAAAGAGGGGGACUCCCAACCAAUGGUUUUUUGGCCUUUGUAGUUUCACCCACUACUGUGACUAUGCGGUGGUUGCUGUCAGCUAA